GGCCCUGGGCGAGCGGAGCAGGUCUGCUAGCCGAGAGUCGCAGCGGCGCGUCCAGCAGCGACAAUUGAGAGGAGGUCUACGCGGCAAGGGAUAGGCCCAGAAUAACAACCAGAAAACAAAAUCUCACCAUGGCAAAUAUCCACCAGGAAAACGAAGAAAUGGAGCAGCCCCUGCAGAAUGGACAGGAAGAACGCCCUUUGGGAGGAGGUGACGGCCACCAGCCUGCUGCCAACAACCACAACCGAAGAGGACAGGCUCGCCGACUUGCCCCUAACUUUCGAUGGGCCAUACCCAAUAGGCAGAUUAAUGAUGGGUUGGGUGGAGAUGGAGAUGAUAUGGAAAUGUUCAUGGAGGAAAUGAGAGAAAUCAGGAGAAAACUUAGGGAGCUACAGUUGAGAAAUUGUCUGCGUAUUCUGAUGGGGGAGCUCUCGAAUCACCAUGAUCAUCAUGAUGAAUUCUGCCUUAUGCCUUGACUUCGGCCCUUUUCCGUGAGAUCAUACUGUGAUUCCCGAUGGAUUCCUUUUCCUUGCAUUCUCCUUACAUGCCUUUACUGAUCUGUUUGUGGUGAGCCUUGUACUAUUUCUAUGUACCAGGUGGGUCUUGCGCUGCCAGCGUCUAACUGGAGAUUGCCUUCCCACUCAGUGUAAGUUUCUGUCAACAGUACAGCGUUGCCCAUUUGCAUGGAAAAAAUGUAAAGUAAAUAAAGCAUCUGAAAAGCAA